GGAGCAUUUGGAUAAAGGGAGUUAAUGCUGUUGUUGCAACUGCGCCCUCUGGUGGGGAUUCCCUAAAUUAACAACGCCGCGCCAUCUUGAGGAAACCACAACAUGACACAAUAAGAAGGAAUCCCCAACCUAUUCAGAUAACAGUGCACACUUUCGAAUCCACGAAAACCAUGGAGUGGGAAAGCCAGCGGCCUAGUGCUCCAUCAACCCCUACAAGUAUGUCUAGCCAGUCAACAGGCAGCGGCACAAACUUAUUAAGAGAAAAAAUCCCACCUUACAAACAGCUGAAUCCCAGUCCAGCUGUCAGUGCACUGUCAAAACAAUCUGACCAAGAUUUAUUUCGCAAAGGGGCAGAUGAGCUUGUUCGUAUCCUUCGACAUGUGGAAUCAGACUAUAAAAGUCUCCUUGCUGAACACAGCAAUAUCAUCAAAGAUGUCAACAGACGCUUCCAAAUUUUUGUCUUGGAAGCACGAGGACUGAAGGAGAUUAAUCAGAAACUUCAAGAUGACAACCAAGAAUUGCGAGACCUUUGCUGCUUCUUAGAUGACGAUCGCCAGAGAAGCCGGAAGCUUGCACGAGAGUGGCAGCGAUUUGGCCGCUACACUGCUAGUGUAAUGCAUAGUGAAGUUGCUGCUUAUCAGGAAAAGCUGCAUCUCCUUGAGGAACGUCAGGCUGAACUACUCUCAGACAACAUGGAACUUAAGGAACUUUGUUUGUUUUUAGACCAUGAACGUAGCCAGAUGAAUGGAGACAGAGAUGAGGGUGAUGGAAGCAGCAAAUGGAACAAUGAAUGUAAUUUUACUUCAUUCUACUGCCAUGUACAUCAGACAACUGGAAGCAAAAAUUCAGCAUUUGGAAGAGGAAAAAAGAAGUUGGCACGGCGAGUAGAAAGAAACAGUGCUGAUGGCUACCAUCCAGCAGAUCAAGAUGUUGCCAUGGUCACCAGAUCUAGGGGCAUCAACUCUUACACAAAUAAGUCCUCGCAUGGUCAGUCAGGAAGAGAUGGCACAUCAUCUUCCCUUUCGAUGAACAAGCCAGAGGCAGUCAUGCAUGCCAUGAAGGUAUUGCAAGUGCAUGAGCAGCUGGAGCGAACACAAAACCCUGCUGGUCAGGAAAAUCUUGGGGACACAGAGAAAGCCAUUGUCAGAGAGAUGUGCAAUGUGGUUUGGCGGAAGCUGGGGGAUGUUGGUGAAUAUCCUUCGCACAGUGGUAAUGCAUCAACAGCUGCUGAAAGUGUUUCUGCUUCACAGACUGUUGCAUUUCACAGAUCUCCAACCCACCCAUUAUCGGCAUCACGCAUCCCAGGUGGUCAUCCAGGGCCACCCAGAAAUCAGGGCAAUCCUCACUUCAGCCCAACCAGUCCAUCUGGUCAUCGAGAUAUUGUUGGGGACAUUCGCAAUUCAAUAUCAGUUGGAGUACCAGACCAGCAUGGUCAGCGUCCUGAUUUCUUCACAAGUCAGCCUGCACUUGGUGACAAAAGAAGUCAUCAUUCUCAAAAUUUAAACUAUUCAGUUGCUAAUUCAGGACAGAUUGGGUCUAUUCCUCAAAAUCAGGGCAGCAUGACAAGUCAUGUAAAUUGCAGUCAGCCUACCCAGGGUACAAUUUAUUCUCAGCGUGUCGUGCAGCCCUCAGCCCAUACUGCUUUUCGACCAUCUCAGUUGUCUCAGCCACCCAUCUCAUCCUCCAGAUCAGCACCUACUCCCAGUCCAAACUUAUUUUCACAAGGCUUUUUUAAUCAGACUCAAGAGCAAAGCAACCAGCAUGUGCAGCAACCAUCACAGCAACAGCAGCCACCUCCACGAUAUAUGCAGCGAGUUCACCCUCUUUUUGCCCAGCAAGGAACUGCUGCACAGCCUCAGCAGUACUAUCCAAGGAAUAACUCUGCAUCAGACGUACACUACGGCAGUCAGCCUGUCUCUAAGCAACGCAGCUAUUCCUCAACACCGUUGCUGUCCACUCAGCCAAAUCAGCAAGCAUUGUCAUCAGUUUCAGCCUCUUCCUACUUGUUUACAAAACAUGACGGAAGAGCCCAAGAUCCAUAUACAUCUGUUCGGCCACCAUAUGCAUUUGAAGAAAAUUCAUCUCAGUCACAUCACCGGCCUACGCCAGGCCAACAGGAACGACGGCAGACCUACUUGGAUGACAGGGACUAGAAACUUAUAUUUUUGAAAUAGUGAAAAUACUGUCAUCUUUAAAACAGUGUACAUUUAUUGAAAUUUGAUGUAAAAUUUACUUGAAUGAAGAGUGGAAAAAGUAAGUAGCUUUGAGAGUCAUGUUUGGUAUACUUAAACAUUAUUUAUUUGUAAAUUAAUAGUGUAAAUAAAAAAGACAGUAAGUUUUUUCAUUACAGCAUAUUUUUACUACUGUUAUUAAGAUAGUUAUGUUUUGAGACGUGUGCAAAAUGUUUUAUUGAAGUGUUACCUAUCCCAGAAAAAAGAUUAAGUUUCCAUCUUCUUGGCAAAAGCUAAGGAGGCCAUUAUAUUUAAAAGGGAUGUAAAUACUUUAUUGAAGCCUCUGAAGCUUCCCCUUCUAUCAUGGAUUGUUUAGUAUAAGCAGAUACAAUGAAAAAUAUCGUGCUGACCUGAUGGAUAUUCAAAUUUGGCCGUAGAUGUGGAUGUUAGUCACCAUCUUCAGUUUUACUGCCAGGAAUAUAGCAUUAAAUAACACAUCAACCAAGUCAGAUUCCCAGGUGUUGGAGUAGAUGUGUGAAUCCCCUAAGCCUCAUAUUUGUUUUAAAUAAACUGUCAAGAGUUUUUGGGCUUCUUCAAGCACAAGGUUGAAGAUUGUCAGACUUCAAAGUUUAUGAGUUGUGAUUUAUGCAACACUUCAUUAUCAUACAAUGGUUGUGAUUCGCUUCAUAUCAGUACUGUUUAUUAAUGCCUUAGAGCAUGCUUCCUCAGUAUGUAAAAUGAUAUGUUGAUAUCAUUCAAUGAAAUGAUAACAUUGGGUUUCAGUUGACUGUAUUCUCUGUAUUUUAACAGUUUGGUUCCUUUUGCUACUGGCUGCUUACUUUUCUGUCAUUCAUUAUCUUUAAAUGUCAUCAAUCUGUGAAUAGGCUUUAGAAAAGUCAGAGCAUUCAUUGACAAGUUCAUUUUAUGGCCAGAUAAUAAAACCAAAAUCAUGUCUAUGGAAAAGGAAUAAAGCUAUUUUUAUAAUCAGCAUUAUCAUCAUCAUCAUCAUUAUUAUGUGUAUGUUAGUAUAGUGCCACAACAUUAGUAUCAUGCUCUGAGUACUUAGCUAUUUACAGAAGGAACAGCAUGAACAGUAGAAAUUGCACGUCAAAGGAGAACAGGAAAAGUUGUUAAAGGAUACGGACCAAUAGCUUGUGGGUUAAACUUGAAGACAUUUCUUGAACAAAUGGGCCUUAAGAACAUGUUUGAAUAACUUAAAUGUCUGCUGGUUGCAUAUCACAUAAGGUAGCGAGAUGUAGAUGCCUAGUGGAUAAGCCCAUGGUUUUCAUCCAUGGAAAAGAAAAUAUCAGCAAAAGUAUGAGAUUCCUGCUUAGUGAGCUAGAUCAAAGAAGAACAAAGGAGCAGAGCCUGUAACGAACUAGCCAGUUUAUACAAAACUGAAUAGGAAGCCAGCAGAGGAAAUGGAAAAAAGGUUUUGCAAGAUCUAAUAAUAAUUGUUCUUGCGCUGACAUAUUAAAAGUAUCAAGUUUUGUUUUGUUAUUUUCCUGUCUCUUCUUGUUAUAAACCAUGCAAUCAGACUGAGUAAUGUUUCAUCUCAAUUAUUUAAAUAUAAAGUGCAAUGAACUUUUUUGGAGUAAGUUACUAGUAGAAGGCUGAUCGCUACAGCAGAAUGGAGCUUGGUGCGAAAGUGGUAGAAAAAGAUUGAACAAGAGAGUGAAGUAGUUAGAAGUUUCCAUCAGUGAGAAUGUUAGGUUUGUCAGGAAAAAAAUUGCAGUUUAACAUUCUGUGAGAUUAUUCCAAUGUUUACAUAUCAUUUAUUAUUGCUCUAUAUGACUCUGUUGUAUGAGAACAGACAUACCUGAUAACAGAAAGACUGUGGUCGUGAUGGUCCCUAUUCUUGUUACAAAAGCUUGGAAGGCUUAAUAGAUGCAUCAUAGCCAUGCACUGUUGACUACUUUUGAUAGAAUUAAUGUACAUAACCCAGGCUUGUAAGUGCCUUUUGUGUUUUGCAUGAAUUUUGAAUUUCACAAGCAAGUAAUCUCAAAUUUUUGUGUACAGCUUUUGCAUGUCCUUUUAUUUUUCACUUAUUUUAAAAUUCAGGAUAAUGACAGUUUUCAGUCAAACAUUUACUGUGUCAACGUUAUUAGUUUGUUAAUUUGAUCAGUAUAGAAGUUUGUUGUUUCUUAGAUUAAAUUCUGUAGAUCUGUUGAUAAAACAAUCUAGAAUCUCUAUCAUGAUGUUUUUAUGAGUCAUCAAAUGCAGACUUAUUUCAGUUUCCUGCAAACCAAGUAUUUGAUAAAUGAGGAUGUUUAGAAAGUAAGAAUUAAACUUUUGGCAACAAAAUUUGAUUUUUCAGUCAGAGCUUGAACAUUUUAAUUUAUAUUGCCAUCACAGUGACAUUUAAAAAUCAAACACUUCAUCUGUCAUGCUUUUGGUUAUUGCUAACUUUGAGUCACCCAUGUGUAGUGGGUUUCUCCACUUUUUGAAGGAACAAUUAUGUGGAAAGCUUUUUUGGUCAUUGUGUUAAGAGAUGAUUUUUUUAAUGCAAGAUUUGAUAAAACAGUUCUAAAGAGUUAUUUUUAAACCUUUUCAUUCUUGGUGAAUUUCAUUUUUCAUACACUAAAUAUGCUUAAAGGAUUAGCGUUUAAAAUUUCUCAGUAAAAUUUAGUGCAAAAUACUCAACUCUGGCCCCUUCCUUUCUCAAGACACAUGCUAGAAAACAUAACCAUGCACAGAAAGAGGUCAAAAUCAUGACAUCAUUUUAUGCCUUAACAUGUUCUCAGCUGUCCCAUGGUGUAAGCAUAUCCAUAUACUAUCCUGACAUCUCUGUUGUCGAUCUCUUUCAGUGUAUGGUAAUGAUUGUAGGCAUGUAUCUCAAGAACACAAGAGGGGUUUUCAACUUUUCAACUAUUCAAUUCGCUAGUCCUUUAAGGUUAUGUCAUAUUGUCUUUUGUCCGGUCUGUGUGUAUACUUUACAAAAAAACCAGGGGAAUCAAUGGGUGAAGGUUAGGGUUUGGAUUAUUCUUAGGUUGGGUUGAGGUGAGUAUUUUGUGAGGGAAUUAAGGUGUUGAAAGUGUCUCAUCACAGUGGACCAUGUUA